CCUGCGCCAGGGGAAUUUACGGCGGUGGUCAAGGGACGGUAUAUAAACGUCAAAUGUAAAAAAACAUCGGCUGUCUGCAUGGGGCGAGCCGUAUCUUUGUGACAACACGCUGCUGUCUCAAGAUAUCGUUCUUUGUUUUUUCUCAAGUGACUGUACUGUUACGGAAACAUGGACGCAGCAGCUAUUCGGAACUUAAAAAUUAAGACGGGGAUUGUCAAACGAAUGACAAAGGAAAAGGCGGCCUACCUUAAAGAGGUCGAAGUUGAGAGGGAGAGGGCUGCCAAGAUGAAAGAAAUGGGCAAAGAAGAAUACGAUGUGAAGCGGCAGGAGGAAGUGAUCAAUGAGACCCUCAGCAUGAUCCCCGACAGCCAGAAGAGGCUGCUUGUCGCCUACAACGAGCUCAAAGAGGUCCUCGAGGGCUCUGAACACCUCUCAGAAACGGAGGAAUACCUCAUUGCCAAGGAGGUGCUGGAGCAGGCACGACAGUCGUUAGAAUCUAUUUAGCUUAUAUGAAUUAAUUAGCCCAAAACAAACAAUGCUUAUAAUGUGCUUAAGUUAUUCAAGUCGCCUUCAGCUUAUUUUUGACGACCAUUUGUGCCCCUUUUUUUUGUGUGAGAAAAGAAGUACUUGAAUUGGAAAGUUUUUUUUUUUUCAUAUUUUACAUUGGCUGCUAGGAUGAUAAGUGAUGGAGCAAGAUGUCUCGGUUCAGUUGAAAUGUGCAAGAUUCAUGAGCAAGUCUUGGAAUUCAGAAAUACUAAAUGUAGGAUAAAUACAAAACAAGGUCUAUAUUAAUGUCUUUCCACAUUUAAUGUUACACCAUUUAUUUCACUUAAUAUUCAUAUGCCAGCAUAAUCCAGCUAGAAAGCAAAAACUUCAGAUUUUAUGGAAAUGAAGCAUCGAACAGUCCACUUUAAAAUGCUGUUAAGUAACUACAAAGCAUUACGUCUGUUUGCCCUUUUUUUUUUCCACUUGAAGGGUGAUUUUUUUUUCUUUAUAUGCCAAGUAACUUUGCAAGGCUGUACCACAUUUUUGUAUGUGAAUUUGUAAUAAAAUAACCUCAGCAACAACCUAC